AUGGGUGAUCACGAGCGUGGAGGCCAUCACGGACGCGGCGGCCAUGGAGGGGGUGGUCGAGGAGACCAUGAGGGCGGACGUGGCGGAGGUCACCAAGGAGGCGGCGACGGCAGCAAGCGUGAGGAGUUGAGGGACGACAUGACCGAUAUCCACCACGAUCGUGCCGCAAUCAAAAACGCCGACAACCCAGAGGAGCGCAGGGAGGCUCAAAAGGAGCUCCGUGAGGACCAGAAGGAGCUGAAGCAGGAUUGGGGUGCAGGUAUGCCGAAGCACAGCAAAGAGAUGAGGGGUGCUGGCGGUGGUGGUGAUAAUGAUGGGCCUGGCGGUCGGGGAGGUCACGGCGAAGGUCGUGGAGGGCACAGAGGUGGGCACAGAGGCGGCAAAGACGACGACUAA